CAAGUCAGUCCCACAUGUGGGUGGGCGGUGGACUCAGGGCUGCACACCCAGUAAAGUAAAGUUUGUACAACAAAAGCUUGAGGGAAAGUUGCACAUGCGAGCGCACGCGAGGUACACUAACACCUAUCUACACGCGCUCAAAGUCAAAACUCGUUUCAGACCCGGUUCAGCUCAGUUUCAUUCAAGACACAAUGAAGUCAAGCUUGUGGAUUUUCGUCCUUGGGAGUUUAAUCGUGACUGGGGUGAAGAUGCAAGAUUCUCCAGCAGAUGACCUUGCAGCAAAGGAAUCAGCCGUUCCUGAUGAAGCAGAAGAUGCUGAAAAACCAGCUGAAGAUCCUGCACCUGAAGAAACACCUGAGGAAACACUUGGAGAAACACCUGAGGAAACACCUGGAGAAACACCUGAGGAAACACCUGGAGAAACACUCGAGGAAACACCUGGAGAAACACCCGAGGAAACACCUGGAGAAACACCCGAGGAAACACCUGGAGAAGCACCCGAGGAAACACCUGGAGAAGCACCCGAGGAAACACCUGGAGAAACACCUGGAGAAGCACCCGAGGAAACACCUGGAGAAACACCUGGAGAAACGCCCGAGGAAACACCUGGAGAAACACCUGAGGAAACACCUGGAGAAACACCUGAGGAAACACCUGGAGAAACACCUGGAGAAGCACCCGAGGAAACACCUGGAGAAACACCUGAGGAAACACCUGGAGAAACACCUGGAGAAACGCCCGAGGAAACACCUGAGGAAGCACCCGAGGAAACACCUGGAGAAACACCCGAGGAAACACCUGAGAAAACACCCGAGGAAACACCUGGAGAAACACCUGAGGAAACAACUGGAGAAACGCCCGAGGAAACACCUGGAGAAACACCCGAGGAAACACCUGAGGAAACACCUGGAGAAACACCUGAGGAAACACCAGAGGAAACAACUGGAGAAACACCCGAGGAAACACCUGGAGAAACACCUGGAGAAACACCUGAGGAAACACCAGAGGAAACAGAAGAGAAGGCAGCAGCUCCUACAGAUGAAGCAGAUAAAGCAACUGAAACAGAAGCCGAUCCACCAGUCGAAGAUCCUGAAGUUACUGAAGAAGAAAUCACACCUAGAAAAGCUCCAGGUGAAGCAGAAGCACCAGCACAAGAGGACACAGAAGGAGCCUGGACCACUGUACCUGAGGAACCGGUGCACUCUGGGGACGCAGCAGAAGAAGUGACAGCACAAGCAGAGAAUCCAGUAGAGAAUGCAGUGAGAGCUGCAGACCGACACAUCGCAGGUCAAGGCAAAGGUCGCAGCGCUGGAGAAGUUUCUGAGCCAAACGACAGCGGAUCCGGGACGGUGGCUG